AAGAACCUUGGCCCGUUUCGAACGAAGCUUAUAUAACGGGGUUCCUGUCCCAGGAGAAAGUUUCACUGCGUUGCAGAAACCACCGUGUCAUCGUUCGAUGCUCGGCAAAGGGCCUUACAUUGUAUGCCCACGGCUUAUGUAAUCGCGAUGGAAUUGUUUCCCGCCUCCGUGCUGCAGCACAUAGCGAGAGGCCUCGAAGAGCCCGAGUCUCGUGGAGAAGUGAGCCCGCAAGUGGCUGAUACCAAAGUCGCUAGUGGUAACGUAAGGUUACCGCCCGUAUUUUCACUCCGUGACUUUUUCCUUUCCUCGUCCAUCCGCGACAGCUCCGAUGAAAACGGCGAAGAGGAAGGGAAGAGCGAACUGUCGGACGCCAGCAGUUUUGAUGACGACGGUCUGAAGCGCCCCAAUGACCUGUACGAGAGGUACCUGUUUCGAAUCCGAACGCAACGUGACGGCGAGUCUCACCGAAAGUUUCUGCAAGCGCUCAAGGACCAGGCCGACAACUGCGACUUCGGCGAGUGCCUCAGACAUCAUGGUACGCGACCAGGUGAUAUUCGGCACCAACAACGCCGAUCUUCGAGAGCUGAUGCUUGGCCAGCGAAACCUCACCAUGGCCAAAGUUGAGGAACUGUGCAGAGCGGCGGACGAUGGUGUGCUCGGCAAUCACGUGUUGGGUAACAGCGACAACAACGACCCCAACUUUCGGAAGCGGCGCAUUCGAAAAAGGAGAACGGGUCAUUUCGGACCAGAGUGUACCGCGGGGCCAGUUGUGAUCGAAGACGCGCUCGAAAACAGCGACGAACACGAAGACUGCAAACUGUUCGGCUGGUUUCACCCAGACUUCUUCAAAGGAUUCGGUGCGUUUGAUGACUUAUGAAUGUCGAAUCAUUCAGCCACGGGGUGACCAAAGAUUCUUUGAUCAAAUUGCUGGUGGUGCUCUUGCGAAAGAAGUGAGCUAUGUACUAUUCGUCCCAAGAGUUUACAGGCCAGAGCACUCGUGACUGCACAUGACAUCAAAUAUCGUCGGCACCGGGCAGUUGUAACAGUACAUAUUCACUUGGGGUUCCACUGUCCAAAAUUAAACCAAUCGUACAGUGAGUCGCGAACGUUUCAAGGCAUUAUGCACAUUUCGAUAUCGAGGGCUUUGGUCUGGAAAUUCAUGCGACAGAUGGCACAUAUAGGCAUUAGCGGAAGCACCCGAAGACGUCGAAUUUGUAUGGUUGUGAUGCGGACUCGAUGCAGUAUUAAAAAUCUGGUUGAAACUCAGUGUGUUGUAUUCAUUGUGCGUAG